CCGGCGGCAGGAGGAGCCACCGCGGUGCCGCUGCCCGGCCCGGGCGCUCCUCCCGGCAGGGCCCGGCCCUCGGCCCCGGUGGUGCCCCCGAGCGGCCCGGCCCGGCCCGGCCCGAGGGAGGGAGGGAGGCAGGGAGGGAGCAUGGCGCGGCCUGUGGGCCGGCGGCAGGAUUCUGGAGAAUGCGUUGCUGAACUGAGGGAAUGGAGACCGGUCGUUUACAGAAAGUGCACGGACCCUCUGUGGCUGCUCCUUUUCUUCCUUUUCUGGGCCGGUUCGAUGUUUAUAACUGGCUAUGCUGUGAUGGCUGGUGCGGCAGAAAGACUUGUGCUUGGAUAUGACAGCUUUGGGAACAUAUGUGGUAGGAAGAACACUCCUGUAAAAGGGGCACCCCUUUCUGGACAGGACAUGACUAAUAAAAAGUAUGUGUUCUUUCUGAAUUCAUGCAGCCUGGAAAUGCAAAGCCUCAAAAUCAGUUCAGUUUCCUUGUGCGUGUCUAGUUGUCCACAAGAGCAGCUCAACUCUUUGGAAGACCUCCAGAGUUUUGCAAGGAACAAUGGUUCUUGUCUUUGUGUUUACAACCUGAACGUUUCCAGCUACACACUAAAUCCAAAGGCAGCUGAGUUGUGUCCCACACUGCCAGUUCCACCAAGUAAAUCUUUUCCAUUAUUUAAUCGGUGUGUUCCACAACAUCCUGAAUGCUAUUCCAAAUAUGCAUCUGUCUUAAUAAGUAUGGUUAAUGAAAUGGAUGUUUUUCACCGAAUUCUGAGUGGAAUAUUGGCAGGAAGAGAUACUGUGAUAGGACUGAGUGUCCUUGCACUAGCUUUCUGUUUUAUAGUGGUUUUAACCUUCAGAUUCAUUCGGACACUUCUGGUCCAUACUUUGAUUGCGCUGGUCAUAUUUGGGUUGUUAUUUGUCUCAGGUGUCCUCUGGUGGCUCUACUAUGACUACAGAAAUGAUCCCAGCACUGAACUGGAAACACAAAAGGAGAAUGUAAAAUUUCUGCUUGGAUAUGCUAUCUUCUCUACAAUAAUUACAAUUGUUCUGCUUUCCCUUAUACUUGUGCUGAGAAAGAAGCUUCAGUUCACUGUACAACUCUUCCAGAUUGUUGGUAAAAUGAUAAGCAGAAUCCCUUUCCUCCUUUUCCAACCACUUUGGACCUUUCUGAUUCUGAUUGUCUAUUGGAUAUUCUGGGUUGCUGUGCUACUAAGCUUAGGAACUGCAGGUACCGCACAAACCACUUCAGAAGGACAAGUAGAAUACAGAGCUCUGUCUGGAAUUUGCUACAUGGCAUGGUACCAUUUCAUUGGCCUUAUCUGGACUAGUGAAUUCAUUCUUGCCUGUCAGCAAAUGACAAUUGCUGGGGCAGUGGUUACUUGCUACUUCAACAGAAACAAAAAUAGCCCACCACGUCACCCAGUCCUGUCUUCCAUUUCAAUUAUUUUCUGCUAUCAUCUAGGAACUGUUGUAAAAGGCUCAUUUUUAAUUGCUAUACUGAGAAUACCAAGGAUUGUUCUCUUGCACCUUUUUAAUAUCCUAAAACAAAAGGAGAGUGCAUGUGCAAAGUGCCUGUUGAAAUGCUGUUCCUGCUGGCUGUGGUGCCAGGAAGGUUGCUUAAGUUACUUUAACCAGCAUGUAUACACAACUACUGCCAUAAAUGGAACAAGUUUUUGUACAUCAGCAAAGGAUGCUGUCCAUAUUUUGGCGAAGAGUUCUGCUGAAUUUGCAUCCAUUAGUUGUUGUGGAGAUUUUAUCAUAUUUCUAGGAAAGGUGUUUGUUGUAUGUUUUACUGUUUUUGGAGGAUUGAUGGCAUUUAACUACCAUCGGGAGCUGCAAGCUUGGGUAGUUCCUCUGUUGCUGGUUGGAUUUUUUGCCUACCUGAUGUCCCACAGCUUCCUGUCUGUGUUUGAAGUGACGCUGGAUGCCAUGUUCCUUUGCUUUGCUAUUGAUAUGGAAACAAAUGAUGGAUCUGCAGAGAAGCCGUACUUUGUAGAUCAGGAACUGUUGAUGUUUGUGAAUCAGAGUAACGACUUAACAGAAGGGCAUAAACACAGAACCAUGAGAAGUGACAACGAAGAUGGGACAGAGCUCCAGCCUAUGGUGAGGAGGGAAUAUGGGCUGUGAACUUGUCUGCCAGCUGCUGUUUGCCUUUAUGUCCUGAGAAGAAAAGAUGUAGACUGUUGUGUCUUCUGAUGUUUCACAGCGACAAACAUUUCCCUUCAUUGCUUUCAGUCCUCAGGAACCCCUCUGCUGGUACAAAAUGGAAGGAUGAAAUACUUACACUCAUCCUUCUUCCUGUUCCCCAGUGUGCCCAGCAGAGGAUGAGAAAAAUCAGACAAUUGCAAGGUGAUGGGAGAGCAAUCCUCUUUGGAUAGUCCUUCACAUGCCUGCUGUAGGAAAGUCAGAACAGCAGCAGGCUGCUUGAUUUGUGAACUCUUUCCAGAACUGUAAAGUUAGAGCUUAGAUGCCUACCCUUUCUUCUCCCCCCACCCUGGCAUGUCCUCUACAGUAAUUAAGUAUUUAUUGCCUCUGUUUUAUGCUGGGGUAAAAAAGCUGAGAUGCUAGAAGGGAGUGUUCUCCCACACCCAAGCACAGGAAUGUCCCAAAGUGAAAGCUCACCAGCUGCCAUCUGAGGUCUGCACAUUGCCCGAGCUGAGGAACUACCCCACCAGCUGAGAAUCUGGGGCGAUUUUACCCCAGCGCCAGGGGGCUAAGCCAGGGCUGCUGGAGGAAGAUGCAGCAGCUACUCUGGCACCAGCUCCUGCUCCACAUUACUACUAGCAUCUUGCAUCCUAGCUACUUGUUACGGGGGCACAGAGACUGUGGUGAUUUUUCUUGUCUACUUUGAAGAGGUCCCAGGCUCUAGGGUACUCUCCACUGUCUUGUGGGCAUUCUGCUGUAGGCAGGUGGGCUAGAGGGCACUGCUUCAGUUUCUAAUACUUGUUCUUUUCACCGUGUGUGUCUGUUACUGUAUUCUUCGGUAAUAUUUUGGCAAGCACAGAAACUGGGGGGGUUUCUGGUCCCUAAGAGAUAACUGCAGAUAUAAGACACGAAAGAACCGUAAUUAUUUUCCCAGUUUACUUUUUCAGGCAUAUAAAUGCAAUAACAGGAGCAGUGCUACACAUUGCUUGAUUCCUUUUUUCUCUGUUUGUAGACUUGAAUGUGAAGUACACCAGGAAGUAUGAAGGCAAACCAGCAAUAGCAAAAACAGUUGCAGAAAAAAAGUAAAGGUUACCAAUAACCCAGGACAAAGUAACUAUUAGGUCUGUAAAUCUCUGUUAAAUCUGUUGCACUGGUAAAAUGACCAUCUAUUUGUAUGAAUAACGUGUUUCAUGUCAGCAUAUCUUAUUUUUAUUAAUAGACUUGUUAUGAUAGUCUAUGAAAGUUGUUAAUAAACAAAUUCCUCAUAAAUUUCUAUGUCCUUUAGCUAAAAAUACUGAGUUUACAAGGUCAUAGAGCUGUCCUUUUUACCUUUGUAGCAUGUCAUUCAACAUGUGUUUGUUUGUUUUUUUUUUCUUAUCAUGCUUCUUUGGGCUGGUUGUGCCUGGAUCAGAAAAUGUAGAAACAUUUGCAGAGGAGCACUCCAGUUGUUUCCUGAUUUAUUCAGUAUAUCUGAACAGACAGUGCAUCCAAUUAAGGAAUGGCACUGAGCUCAUUGAUGGAAACUCUCUGUAGUCAAGAUAAUUAAUAGUUAUGAGGUACCUGUCAUUGUUGUAAUUAGACUCUAUUGGGAAUGGUCUUCACAAGUCAGUGUCAUAAACCAUCCACUGGCUCCUCUUCAAAGGGCAGAUGAGGAAUGGCUUUUUUGUGUGUGUAAAUAAACAACUACCUUUUCUUUGCAAUUGAAAAGACAAAGCAAAUACAAAUUGUAGCUGGAUUUAAAGCUUGACAAAGAAGUGGUGGCUGAACAGAAAUGAGAUAAAAGGAUAACAUAAAUAAUAAUUUAUGAAUAAGUGUUAGUUGAAACAUGGAUAUGAAAUACACAGUAUCAUGGAGGAAUGUAGAGGUGACUGACAGGGCUUUAAAUCAGAAGAGGGAAAGAAGGUAAGUUUAGAUGCAGUUUAAGAAGAAAAACCGUUUUCUUGUGAGCAGAUUUGAGGUCUGUUUAAACUUCAUACUUGGACUGUUUAUAAAACACUUUCACGGUCCACCUUGUUCUGGGUAUGGGGUUAGUUUUAGAUUUUAUUUAGUGCAAGGUGAUUUUAUUCUUUCUCUCUUUGAAGAGAGGUUUGAGGUGGGAAGAUGACUCCAACUAGGUAGGGAUUUCAGUAUGCUACACCUCAAGCACAUCAGGAAGCAAGACAUUACUGCAAGUUAAGUGACUGAAACUGCUGUAACGAAUAAGACCCGUAGAAUAUAUUGCUAAACCUCUGAUUAGUCACAGCUUGGAAGUGACAUACAUGUACAGAAUAGUAAAGCUCAUUGAUGGUCAGAAUGCCAAAUCUAUUUUCAUCUGAAUGCUGUUAUCUGAUCUGCUGCUGAAAGGAGACUAGUUAUUUGCCCGGGGAUGCUCAGAAAUAGUGGCUGCUUAUUCCUCGUUUAAAUAACCUGUCUACUUUAAUAUGAGCCACUUCAAGAAGUGGAAGGAUAAGGGAUGGAUGAUGGGAAAGAAAAAGAAAGAUUAAUUGCUUUCUGGCUGGCAGGUGAGGUUGCUGAUCUGCUUGGCUGUGACUCACUACCUCAUCAUUAUUUUAAACUAUACACUUGGGUACUUCUGGUGCUUGUUUGUGGAUGCUGUGGCAACUGAAAAUUACACUGAAUAAGCAAUAGCACUUUAAUAUUGAGAAAGUGUGCAGAUAUAGUACUUACAGAGGGAAAAAUUCUAUCCUCUUCCACAGGUUUCAGUAAGAUUGUUUGAAAAUUAUAGCGUCUGCACAAUGUAAAAAUGAUGUUUCGCAAUUUACAAAGCAUAGUAGGUUGCCUUGGAAGUUAGAAAAAUCAGUUACUGUGCAUUAUUUUUUCCCCAGUUUGUAUUUGAUACUCACACUGCAUGUUUUGGCCCUUGACUCGGAACUCAACUGAGUGGUGGAAGAAAGGAAGGGACAUUUCAAGAAAUGUAUCUCCAUUUUCAGACAGUCCUUAUGCUGGACACUUUCUAGAUAACUUCCAGGGGUACCUUUCAGUCUCAAUAAUUCUGUGGUUAUGUUCAUUGCAAUUAUGAUUCAGUAUCAUGGCCUUCAGUGCAGUUACUGCAUGGAGAAAGGACUUUUAGAUGCUUACUAGGAAGUUUGGUGUGUAUUUCAAAGAAGGAAAUUAUUGAAAAUCACAGUUAAACUGUACUUGAGUGUGUUUCAUUUAAGCAGUGCUGUACUGCCUGUAGUCCAGAAGUUACAACUGUGACAACAGAAUGUUUUCAGUCAGGUAUAAUUUUACAGAACAGUUCAGAAUGUUUACCUUUUAACUAUAUUUUGUACAGAAAGCAUAGCUUUAUAGCUUUCAGGUGCAACACAAGACUUCCUAAUCAUAUACAUUCUUCUAGUAAUUAUGUCAACAGCCUCCAAAUGUUGCAAGGAUCUUCACCUGAGUAAAAAGCAUAAAGCACCCGCAGGGAAGCUGAUGCUAUUUAGCGCUUGUUACUGCUGUCCUCCCCUGCAGGAUACCUAGUCAGGCAACUGUAAAGCAGGCUGGAGUAGGUGCAGGGGUGGGUGUAGGAAGGCAGGCAGAGCUCGUGAGAAGUGUAGUUAGUACUACUGUGUGUACUGGUACUUGUCCAAGUCAAUUCUGGUGUUUGUAAUGUCUGCCCCACAAGGCAGCCCAACAGCACAUGGACCCUUCUAGACUGACUGAUGCUAUUUCCUGCGCCUACAGAAGACUGGAUUCCGAGGAAUGGAAGGUACUUUUGAAAUUACUUCCCUUAAAAAAAAAAAAAAAAAAAAA